GCAAUGGUCUUAGAGUAUAUAACGAGCAAUUUCUGUUUUUUAAUCUUAAUACAAAACAUGGUAAAAAAGAAGAUAAUUUUAUGAAAAUCUAAAGAGGCUUAACCCUCCUAUUUUUUUCAUAGUUACACUAUUCUAGGAGAAAACUCAUCCACAGAAAUAAAAAUUUACACUUUUUAAUGAUAACUUUUUUAUGUCUAAGUUAUAAGGUGAUAGAAUAACUGAACUAAUAUUAUUUUAAUGUAAAAAAAUCUUAUUAAAUACUACUUCAAGCUAUCAAAGUCUUAAUAACAGAAACAGUUCUAAACUUGAAUUAGCACUUGUGAGUGGAAAUUCAGCAUUCCAGGAUUAAACUAAAUCCCGUUUGCUUUAUUAAAUUAAUCAAGUUUUCUACUUAGCUUAAUUAAAUUAACUGGAAUUCAAAGCUACUUAAAAUCGAAGUUACUUCGAAACUCGCCGAUGUACUCGGGGAUCAAGAAAGGUUAUGAAACCGCGCGAAGACGCAGAUUGCGCGCGCAGCUGCAAUUUCUGUUUCGCGCGUGCACAAGCACGUUCAACGAGGGCCAUAGAAACGCGCCGAUGUGACGUAUGCGCGUAAUGGCACGGGGCAGAACAGCUGAUUCUCGCGCUUCGAGACCGCGGCAGGACGUUCCAUCGUUGAAGCGGACGCCGAUACCUCUUCUUACGGCGAUCGCCGCCGAAUACGGUGGCCCGACAAGCGUGCGAAGAGAGACGGCGGCGACGAGAUCGAGUCCCGAUCGCGAAACCUUUCCCUGCGAGUUGCGCUCGAUCGUGCGAAUUAACCCCCUCCCCCUCGCUUCUCGUCGCCGCCGCCGCCGUCGCGACGUCCUUGGACGAAGCUCAGUCGUCUAUAAUCCGGAAUUAUGGCUAGUCCGGUGAUCGGCACCGGGUACAACUUCAAGGUGGUCUUGCUCGGCGAGGGAUGCGUCGGCAAGACCUCGGUCGCCCUCCGAUACGUCGAGGACAAGUUCAACGACAAGCAUAUCACCACGCUACAGGCAUCAUUCCUGAAUAAGAAACUGAAUAUCAAUGGGAAAAGAGUGAACUUGGCAAUAUGGGACACCGCUGGGCAAGAGAAGUUUCAUGCAUUAGGACCAAUUUAUUACCGAAUGUCCAAUGGUGCUAUUCUCGUUUACGACAUUACAGAUGAGGAUACCUUUCAAAAGGUGAAGAACUGGGUGAAGGAACUUAAGAAGAUGUUAGGUAGUGAAAUUUGCUUAGUGAUAGCGGGUAAUAAAGUGGACCUGGAGAAGGACAGAAAUGUUGCCAUAGAAGAAGCAGAAGAGUAUGCCAAACAGGUAGGCGCUAUGCAUUUUCAUACAUCGGCCAAAUUGAACCAGAAUAUCGAAGAGAUGUUUCUGGACUUGACACAGCGCAUGAUGCAACAUGCGGAUGAGGCUGAACAAAAGUCCACGCUUACUAGGACCAACAGUACACGUCGCAAUGUUGUGAUGGUCGAGGACGAAGCGGAACAAACUCAACCAAGUAGAAGUUCCUGCUGUGGCAGUGGUGGUGGUAAUGGUGGUGGCGGCGGCAACGGCUUUUCGUAGACCUUUAAGAUCAAUUUACAUUAAAUUCCAAAUAAAGGUCUAAUUUCGAUAAUCCACGAACUGCGUACAGGAUGGUGCAUUUGAAACUGAUAUCUGCAAACAGCAAUUUGUUACAAUACAAACAAACAUUACAAAUGUUUCAUCCUGUACAUGUUUGUAGACGAGUGCGUAAUGUAUGAAUGUGUAUGCCUAUAUAAAUAUAUAUAUAUGUAUAUUUUUAGCUGCAAUUCUUGGACAGCAAAGAUACAUAUACUUGUAUACGUAUAUAUUUAUAGUGGGAAGCUAUUGUGACUUUGUGCCCAACAGAUAAAUUUUUCAAGGCAGAUUUCGUAUAUGCUGCUUUGUUGAAGAGGGAUGAAUAUCGCGUUAAUAUUUUCGAUAAUGACUUUAGAUGUGCGCACAUGUCGUAUAAUUGCGGCCUUUUAUUGUCGUUCAUAAACGUGAGAUAAGCCGCUCUUUUUCCUGACAGAUUUGUUACUCGAGCGAUCGUUUUUAUAUAAUCUUAUUUAUUUUUCAAGUUUAUCUUCUCGUUUAAAGUAAUCACAAAGUAAUACAUAAUACCACUUCCUAAUGAAUCUCUGUAUUCAGUGUGCACCUGAAUCAUCAUCAUUCCAAGUAGUUUCUGUUUUAUAACUGCGCGAAUGGAGUGUUCUUCAGUUGCUCGAAUCGCGUGUUGAUAACGAAGUUGACAACAGUCUAGAACAGCGUCCUUGCUAUCUAGCUGUUUUAAAUGCCUCAGUCUCAAGUGCAAUCGUAAAAGUUUUAUAAAACAGCGAGAAAGUGGAGCCUCAUUCUGAGUUAUACCAUCUCGUUUUCCUAUCGUCGUCUUCAAAUUUUUGACAUACUUGUAUCUUUGCAAUCCAAAUUACUGCAAGCUAAUUAACUAACAGCUUCGAAGGCGCGGUCUUGUCGCGAGACGAGGGCAUUUUCAAGGAAGAGCAGAAGACUUUCGGCUUUUAUCCAAAACAAGUUUAGGUUACUGUACAUAUUAAGUAUUGACAAUUUUUAUUGUACAAUAUAUUGAUUUGGACUGUAUAUUAAGUAACACGCAAUAUGUUUAUUCAUCUGAAAUUAUAUAAAUUAGUGAUACAAGAGAAUUGUUGUUUAAAUUAUUGUUACUGUAAGUUAUUUUAUGAACAUAAAGUGGUAACUUGUAUAUUAAUAAUAA